AUGAUCAACUGUCCGAGUUGUUCUAUCACUAGCAUUCAAGGUCGUAUUGCUGCACUCCAAGAGUCUGAGAAUAACCUAAAGGCAUCAGUUGCGAACAAGACGGAAGCGUGUAAUUCAUUACAGAUACUUGUUGAAGAGGGUGGUAAGAUGAAAAACGACUUGUUCAGGUUUUGUAAUAGUCGGCAUCUCUCUGAAGUGAGUAUACUAAAUGAUAUGCGUUCCAUGGAGUUUAUCAAACGGAGGUAUGGCGAUUUAUCCAAGCUGAAUUCCCAGUCGCUGGAUCAUAAGUUUGGGCAAUCUACUGGAGAAAACUUGCCUGAUCAAAGACUUUUGAUGACCUGGAAGAAAGAGGUUGAAGAAUUAAAAGAGAGAAAGGAAGUCUUAUCUAACCAUAUAAACAGAUAUAUGGGAAUUUCGACUGACACUAAGUUAGCUAAAAGUCAGUUGGGAGGUGCACUUACUCGGAUGAGAUCAAUGGACUCGUAUCUCGUCAGAACUUUAGGGGUCAAUGCAUGGAAUAAAAGGUGA